GGCCUAGCCAGCGAGCUAACGGGGCUGCUAGCGGCUAACUCAAGGAGGACCCACACCACCCUCACCCUACAGGCAAGGCAGCUCGCAUGACCGGCUCUAGCGGCUUGAUUUACCCGCCCUUCGUGGUGACUGUUAAGCCCGAAGUAGCCACAGCCAGCCCGCCGGCGAAAUCUAUUCGAAUAAGCGAGUGUGAAGCUACAAUGCUAAUCAGGGCUCUCCUACAGCUCACAUAGCCAGCGGCUGAAAGACGACCGGGUGGACAAAGGAAAAAAAAAGGACUAAAAUGGAUCAGCCUACAUAACGUCACUGCUGCACAUGGCUUUGUUUUGGAGAUGUAAAAUGGGAACAGAGGUCUGUCUGCAGAGAAUUUGGAGGUUUCGGAGGUCUCUACACGCAGACCCGGCCAAGAGCGGCGACACCUCGGUGACAUCCACUGGGCUUCUCUUUGGAAUGAGUUGAUUUUGUCUCAUAAUUUACACAAAGACUGAAGGCGGGGGUCUUAAUAGAUCCAGCGGACUUUGCUUGGGUUUAUUUUACUUGUGAAGGCAAGGAUAGAUAUCAUUUGAGUUUUUUUGUUUUGUUUUGAGCAGCUUUUUAAAAAUAGAUUCCAGCUGGACUUUGGUUUUGAUGUCGGGCGAUUUCCCACAACUGGUUUGAAAGUGAAUCUGUUUGUUUAGUUGUUUUCCCCCCCCGCUGUCUUAGUUCGAAACGCUCGAACUGUUCCCUCUGCCGCCAUCCUCAGUUUCUUCCACCCACCCAGUGCCUAUAUAAGCCCCUUCGGGACAAUCACAGAAGUCAUCAGCAGCUGCUACGCUCAAUCCUCCUCAAGCCUGUUCUCCUCCAUGUGCUUCUGCUCCUGGCCUGCUGGCUGUCUACCCACUACCUCUUUAAUUUCCUCGUUUUAAUUUUUUCUAUACCUUUUUUUCCUAAGAGGCAUAAUCAGAACACUAGCACAGUGACAAGCAUUAAUGUAAACCGAGUUGUAAGAAUUGAGAGAAACCUAGAUUGCGCCAAAUUUGGAUGCGUAUGCAAGUGCACAUGCACAGUGUUGAGGUUGCACUGGUGCCAGGGAGCAUUUUAAGAUUAGAUUUAUUUAUAUUGUUGCAAAUUAAAUUAAAGCCAUACAAAUAUUUAUGAAUAACCUACACAUAUUUUUGUAUCACAUUGCUCUUGUAUAGUUUUCUUUUAUAUGCUUCUGUUAAGAUUAUGCACACAAAUUAAAUAUCUAUAACAAGCUGAACACAUGCAAGUAGAGCUGUAUAUUGCUAUAUGAAAAACGAUCUCUGUUUUUGAGUGAUUAUAUUAGUGCUUGGAGAUAUUUUGUGUGCGGACGAAGAGUCUCCCUCAUGUUUCUGUUGACUUGCUGCUUUGCAUAGUGUUGGUUUUCUCUUCCAGUCUGUAGUCAUGGCCCCUCCUCCCACCCAAACGCCAUCUUUGUCAUUUUGACCCGUUAAGGCGCACUUUGCAGUAGGUAGACAGUAGAUAUCUACCUCUGUCUCUCUUCCUCCCCUCUCUCGGUCUAUCUCUGAUGCCGGGCUUCAGUAGUGGGGGGGUUGGGGGAGGAGUGGGUGGCCCAGCUUCUGCUCCUCCCCGUUCUUUUCGACCCAGCCGAUAUGUCCCGGUGUCUGCAGCCGCCCUUUUCCUUGUUGGAUCCACCAGCCUGUUCUUCUGCUUCACGUGCCCAUGGUUGUCAGAGUUUUUAUCCGCUGUCAUUCCCAUCUACAUUGCUGUGAUCUUCCUCUUCACCCUCGCCAACUUCUGCAUGGCCACUUUCAUGGACCCAGGUGUCUUCCCCAGAGCGGAGGAGGAUGAGGAUAAAGAGGAUGAUUUCCGAGCUCCACUCUAUAAGACUGUGGAGAUCAAAGGCAUCCAGGUGCGCAUGAAGUGGUGCUCCACCUGCCGCUUCUACCGGCCGCCACGCUGCUCGCACUGCUCCGUCUGCGACAACUGUGUGGAGGAUUUUGACCACCACUGUCCGUGGGUGAACAACUGUAUUGGUCGGAGGAAUUAUCGCUAUUUCUUCCUUUUCCUGAUAUCACUCACCACCCACAUCGUGGACGUGUUUGGGUUUGGCUUGGUUUAUGUCCUACAUCACCGCCAGCAGCUGGAUACACCACAUGCUGCUGUCACUAUGGCUGUGAUGUGUGUGGCUGGUCUGUUUUUUGUCCCAGUUGCUGGCCUGACUGGGUUUCACAUGGUGCUGGUGGCCCGCGGCAGGACCACAAACGAACAGGUGACAGGAAAGUUCCGGGGCGGCGUUAACCCUUUCACCAAUGGUUGCAUGAGGAAUAUUUCCCAUGUGCUCUGCAGCUCCCAGGCCCCCAGAUACGUGGGUCGAUUGCGGAGCCCUAAGUCUGUGGAAAUACAGCCACCAUUUCUUAUACCAGCUCUCACUGAGGCCCAGCUGGAAGCAAAGGUCCUGGACAAUGGCAUCCAGAAUGACCGACACAGCGCCCGGUCCAAGAGCAGUCUAGAUCAGAUGGAGAGCCAGUCAGCUGAUGCAGAGCCUCCACCUCCUCCAAAGCCAGAAAUGCGUUACCCUGGCCUGCCCCGUGCUGACACAGAGGAGAGCAGUUUGUUGACUGAAGCUCCACCUACACCGUCAAUGUACAAGUAUCGACCAGCCUACAACAGCCCAGGAAGGAACCACACUGCCCUCACACACCCCAACAAGAUGAUUCGCGUUGAGAGUCUUGACUCUCCAUCUCCUUCUAUCCUCCACUCCAGCCGUCAGCCUAGUUAUCGCUCGGAGCCAAGCAGCCUGGACGGGACCACGGUGGUGGGGGGAGGUGUGGGGGCGCGCAGAGGGGCUGGGGAAAGGGGCGAGGGCCCCGGAGGCCCUGGCGGGACCACUGGGGGGGUGUUGGGGGGCACGUCAGGUUACUCCCUGACUGGGCGCUCCUACACCUCCUACCCAUCUUCUCUUGUUUUGUCCAUGGGCGGCUCGCACUCCUCCAGCAUGCGCUCGGCGCACGCAGCACACAACCCGCUGGCCACGCUCCAAUCAGAAGGCACCACAGACACCAGCUAUAAAAGCCUGGCCAAUCAAACGCCUCGGAAUGGCAGCCUGUCCUAUGACAGCCUACUGACGCCAUCCGAAAGCCCAGAGUUCGAGUCGGCUGCCCACGAGCUGUCGCCGCACAAGCCUCACGCUGCGUAUCCCUCUGUGAAUAGAACAGGGCAGCUGGAGAUGGUGUCGCCCAGUAGCCCGCUGCAGGGCUACAUGUCGCCCUUCCUCUCAGCUCAGCUCGCCCAGCAGAGGGAGGGGCAGCUGCUCCAGGGCUCUGCCACUUUCUCCUCCCCUCACAGGGCCUACCUGCGUGCCGUCAGCCCCCCCCCUUCCUCCGCUGGGCUUCCUGAGGCCCAGUACCUGCUGCAGCAUAACCAGGACUCUUCCUCCCGAGGCCCACGGAACCCUUCCUCCUCAUCCCCUGGGACUCGCUCCCCCGAGCCGCCUGUCUCCCCCCCACCUCGCGGCCUCUCCCUUGGCAAGUCCCAGACUCACAUCGGGGAGACAGGGCCUCAGCACAAGCCUCGACCUGCAGGAGGAGGCUCUGUGCUGGGAGGGGCAGGAGCCGGAGGAGGGCAACAGGCUCCACAAUUCACCUCUCGCCCAGUCUUGGCUAAUCACACCACAUCCAAACCAGGGGGCGGGGUGAAGAAGGUGACCGGCGUCGGAGGAACCACUUAUGAGAUAUCGGUUUGAGUGACAGACGCCCUUCAUGGGAAAGGGACUCGACUUCUUCCAUUGAGCUGGAUAUUAUUCACGACCGCAGGCUCCUCAAAAAAGACGGUUUUCUUCUGCAGCGGACGAAAGGAACAAUCCUGUCUGGUACUCAACUUUGUUACCUUUGUAACGCCACUGGCCAUUCGUCUCCGCCAGCCUUUCAGAUUUGAACAAAGAGGAACCAGGGACGCUGGUUCAUGUUUCCACAGGAUCAAUAUGUGUCCAUUUAGCCACUUUGUGAGCCAUAGACUGAUGUUAACGCAUCAUCAGAGCUUGGUACAGUUUUUGUCUAUAGAACACACAUAGCUUUUCACUGAUUUGCGGUUUUACUUUGGUACAUUAGCACAGUACGGAGUGCUGGCAGCAGCGUCCUCCGCUUUAAGAAAGGAUGGCCUUUAACCAGUGGAUGUAAAAUAAGAGAGGGAGGCUUUAGGACUGUCGACCAAUUGAAACGCCUUCUUUUCCACUGUAUGAACGGACCACGCAGCCUGGUGAUUUGUUUAGAGUCGUGGAGAAAAGAGUCCAACCUAUUAACACAGUAUCAUUUAGUUUUAUAAAUCUUUUUUAAGUAUUGUUUUAUAUACAUGUAUUAUUAUAAUUACCGGGUCAAAUUGUCAGGUAUUGACGACUAUUGAUGAGGGUGGCAGAUGUACUGUGUGUAAUUAUUCAUGAACGCGGCUCCAAAUCAGUUGCCUGUCUGUAUUUGAUGGCUGCAUCAGCCACUCACAAGCUCUCGCUGGAGGUUUCAUCUUCCAGCUAGAAGGACGAUCCUUUGUCGACAGCGGAUGUGGCAGAUCAUCAAGCUUAAUUAUCAAAACGCCACAAAGAAAUUCUAAAUCACGAUUCCAGCACAAGCAACUUUGUGGAAUGUAUGCUUUAAAUGUUUAUGCCAGAGACAUUAUGCAAAAUCUGUUUGUAGCUUUAAGAUCAUUUCAUGUCUUUUGGGUGUUUUUUGUUUCUUCCUCUUUUCUGUGAUGUUUUCGUCAGUCAGUCAUGAUGCUAGCAGAACCUUUAAAAGAUGGCCAGCUAAGUAGGUGCAGCGAGGGAGGGGCUUAUUUAUUUCACCAGACGAGACAAUGCUGCUGUUCUGGACACCACUCAUUUCAAACCAGUCUCUACCAGUUUGCUCCUUUUUAUUGAGAAGAGUUUUUUUUUCUUUGAAAGGAAGCUAAUGAAUAAAAUGCAAUAUGCAACAGUAGAUUUUUAAGGAGGGACUGGUUUGCAACUGGACUUUUUUUGCCUUGAGACCAUUCAUAGUGAAGCAAGCGCAUUUUUUAUUGUUUUUUUUUAAAUUGAUUUUUAUUUUUUACACUUCGCAGAAAAAGUUUUUGGAUUGACUUGUUAAUUUUGAAAAUAUUUCCCUGAAGGUACAACUAUUUUUUUACCCACAGCCAUGUUGAGAAAUUAGAUUAUUAGAUUAGAUGAAUUACCGGAACGGAGAUGAGUUUGUCCGUCAGGAUUUGGCAUUACAUUAAAGAUGCAUUUCAUUUUCUUUUCCUACCGAGGCCCACAGCAGUGUCUGCAGCAGGAGGUCAAAGUAGGCUUUACGUAUCACAUGUUUGGGGGAACGUACGCGCUUGAAGCACAGAACCAUCGUUCAGCCAUCACGACUGUGUUACUAGUUUUUCGGGCUUUGUCUUCUGUGUGCAUGCGGUUUUGGUUUUGUCGUGCUUGAAUGCUUCACUGGCGUGCAUACCUGGUUCAUAAAUAGGUGGUAACGAGAAAAGAGUCAUUAAUGGCACCAGCAGCCAUCGUUUGGAGAUAAAAGAGAACCAGUGUUACGUUCUUCCUUCUCUGGCCAAGGAUGGUGACCAUUGAACAAUUUGAAACUUAUCUGAGAGCAGUAAGUAUACUUCUAUGUGAGAUAACAAUAUCGCUAUUGUGGGCUGUGAUGAAUGGAACGAGUUUCACAAAUAUCUGUAACGAGUACAUUAAAGACAUUUCCAAAAUGGCCUUAAAUCAAGAGUUUUUAAAAAAAGGAUGUCUUCUCAGAAUAAAAAGGUCAAUCUGAUGAAAAACUGAA